AUGCCAACAUCGCGAGAACAAGGACAAGCAGAACACGACGACUACCCCACCGUCCUACACCGCGGCGGGGUCGGCGAUUACGCCGGCGGCAGUGGCAUCGGCGGCGGCGGUUCGAGGCAGGUGUGGGUGCCUGGCCCGGUCAUCGUGGGCGCCGGCCCGUCGGGGCUGGCGACGGCGGCGUGCCUCAAGGCGCGCGGCGUGACGUCGCUGGUGCUGGAGAAGGACUGGUGCGUGGCCGCGUCGUGGCGCCACCGCACAUACGAGCGGCUCCGGCUGCACCUGCCCCGGUGCUUCUGCGAGCUCCCGCUCGCGCCGUUCCCGCCCGGCACGCCGACGUACCCUACCCGGGACCAGUUCAUCGCCUACCUCGACGACUACGCCCGCGCCUUCGGCAUUGAGCCCCACCUCGGCGCGCGCGUCCGCAGGGCGGCCUAUGACGCCGCCAUCGGGUUCUGGAGGGUCACCGUCGAUGAAGACGCUGGUGGCGAUGGCGGCGCCACGGCGGCCACCACCGAGUUCUUGUCGCGGUGGCUCGUUGUGGCCACCGGCGAGAAUGCGGAGCCGGCGUGGCCGGAGGGCGUCGAGGGGAUGGACGUGUACCGCGGCGUCGCCAUGCACACGAGUAGCUACAAGAAGGGGGACGAAUUCAGGGGCAGGAAUGUGCUCGUCAUCGGCUGCGGCAACUCCGGCAUGGAGGUCAGCCUCGACCUCUGCAACAAUGGCGCCAGAGCCUCCAUGGUUGUCAGGGACAAGAUUCAUGUGUUGCCGAGGGAGAUACUAGGCAUUUCCACGUUUGGCCUCUCCGUGUUCCUUCUCAGGUGGCUGCCCAUAAAACAGGUCGAUUCUUUGCUUCUAUUCUUCACAAGACUGAUCCUUGGAGACACUGAAAAAUAUGGUCUCCCACGACCUAAGAUUGGUCCGCUUCAAAUCAAGAGUUCAACCGGCAAAACACCCGUACUCGACAUCGGAGCUCUCAGAAAGAUCAAAACUAGAGAAAUAAAGGUGGUCCCGGCAAUCCAGCGGUUCACAGAGAAUGGGGUGGAAUUCAUAGAUGGCCACCGAGAGGACUUCGAUGCCGUCAUCUUCGCAACCGGGUACAAAAGCAACGUGCCUUCAUGGCUCAAGGAGGAAGAGCUCUUCAGUCACUUUGAUGGGUUCCCAAGAAAGCCAUUCCCACACAGCUGGAGGGGCAAGAACGGCCUGUAUGCCGCCGGCUUCACCAAGAAGGGCCUCAUGGGCACCUCCUACGACGCUCUUAGGAUCGCCAGCGACAUCGCGGACCAAUGGACGGAGACCUUUGCGAGCCCCACUGCUACCAACAGAAGCAGUGACUACGGUGCUUGA